UGCUCUAUUAAAUAUAACUUCUGUCCGAUAAAUAUGUCGCAACGACGAUAAGGGUAGGUUUAUAGGUCGGUGUUACGGACGGACAGACAUACAAGUCGACAUGAAGGCUGCUGUGGUUGUGUGUGCUAUUUCUGCUUUGCUGCAGCUCACGGCAGCAUGUUGCAGCUGCAAAUGCGGACCCCCCGAGCUCUCCCUGAUCUACCUUGACGCGCCCCUGCCGCCCUGCGCGCCCCCACCCUUAUACCUGCCAGCACCACCACCCCUAUACCUACCUCCCCCACCGCCGUUGUGUCUACCGCCCCCGUGCUUGCCUCCUCCAGCGCCGAUAGUGUACUCAGCUCCGCCAGCGCCUUUACCUUUACCUCCGCCAUGUGCGCCUGCACCUAUAUUCCUGCCUGCCCCCGCGCCGUUACCACCCUGCGCCCCUGCCCCUAUAGUCCUACCAGCCCCUGCGCCGUUACCACCUCCAGCCCCAAUAUUCCUAUCCGCCCCUGCACCCCUUCCGCCCCGCGCUCCUGCCCCUAUAUUCCUGCCAGCCCCUGCACCUCUCCCACCAUGCGCCCCUGCCCCUAUAGUCCUACCAGCCCCUGCGCCGUUACCACCUUGCGCUCCUGCCCCAAUAUUCCUACCCGCCCCUGCGCCCCUUCCGCCCUGCGCUCCAGCCCCGUUACCGCCUAUAAAACUAACUUUACCGCCCUUACCCCCACUAGCUCCUAUAAUUUUACCAGCUCCGGCACCUUUAGCCUUAACAGCCCCCUUACCUCUCCCCCUACCCCCAUGCGGCUGUGCCCCGCCUUUGCUGCCCCCACCAACUUACCUGCCCCCCUGUGGAUGCGCUAAGCCUAAAGUGACCUUCCUGCCAUAACCCCACCUUGUGGAUUAAAAACGAGAGAAACCAUCUGAGCUAACUUUGCUUUCUGUUUUGAAUAGAUCAAAGUGAGGAUGAUGUGUACCCUUUGGGUACGGAACCCUAAAAAUCAGAAAUCACUUUUAUUACAAAUAUACAGGCGUUUAUAAAACAAAUCAAAAAUAAGGAAUCUCCACUUUUUAUAUUAAUUGUAUUUUUGCUGCACUUAUGAUUUUUUUUGAAAUAAAUAUGAGUAUUAUAAAAAAUUAUAA